AUGGCAAAUAUUCCGCGUUUUGGGGUUUCUGCUAAGUAUAGAGGGAAAGUUGAUGCUGAAGAGACUAACACAACUAAAAGUGGUUCACGUUAUUUUUCUGGUUCAUCGACAAACUCUCAUACUGGUAGUUCUCGGGCUGAAGACGUUAGUCGAUCAGACAGUGUUUAUAGCUCGAAUAUUGAAGAAGAUGCGCGACUGGGGUUUGCAAAUUUACCUGAACAGAUGCACAGGAAAGCUGUCAAGAAGGGCUUCAAUUUCACUUUGAUGGUUGUCGGUGAAAGUGGUCUGGGCAAAUCAACGCUAAUUAACAGCUUGUUUGUCCAAGAUUUAUACAAAGAUAGAGAAAUUAUUGAAGCAAAUAAUCGUAUUCAAAGCACAACUCAAAUUGAAAAACGUCAAAUUGAAUUGGAUGAGCGUGGAGUCAAGUUACGCCUCACUGUUGUCGAUACUCCCGGCUUUGGUGACGCUGUGAAUUGUAAUGACUGUUGGAAACCAAUAGAAGAUUAUAUAGACAGCACAUUUGAGCAAUAUUUCAAAGAUGAAUGUGGUCUGAAUCGUAAAAAUAUUCAUGAUCAUCGAGUUCACUGUUGUUUGUAUUUCAUAUCACCUUAUGGUCAUGGUUUACGCCAAAUAGAUGUUGAAUUUAUGCGCCGUCUUCAACAUAAGGUCAACAUAGUCCCUGUAAUAGCUAAAGCUGAUGCAUUGACUGCUAAUGAAUUACGUGCAUUUAAAGAACGCAUAAUGACAGACUUUGAUCGUUACAAAAUUGAUAUUUAUCGUUUACCUGAAUGUGACAGUGAUGAAGAAGAUGAAAUCAAACGUUUAGAUAAAGAAAUCAAAGCUGUCCUACCAUUUGCUGUCGUCGGCAGUAAUUGUGUUAUCGAUUUGGAUGGUAGUCGUCGAGCUCGUGGUAGACAAUAUCCGUGGGGGUCAGUUGAAGUAGAGAAUAGUCGUCAUUGUGAUUUUACAAAGCUGCGUAUAUUUCUGCUAAAGACACAUAUGCAGGAUUUAAAAGAUAUGACAUUGGAUGUGCAUUAUGAAAAUUAUAGAGCGAAAUAUAUUACUGAACGGAUGUCUAAACGUCAAAGCGAUCGUCGUGAAGGUGUUAAUACUGGAGCAUUGGCAAGAUUAGAAAAAGAGGGUGGAACUGGCUUUGAGGCUAUUGUUGAUCAAGAUAGUUUACUAAAACAAAAAGAGGAAGAGCUUCAGAGAAUGCAACAACUAAUGAGUAAAAUGCAAGAACAGUUGAAACGUAAUACCAAUGUUGUACCGAACCCAUCAGUUAGUUUAAAUAAUGGUACAGGUAAUGCUCAAUCUUCUCCAAUUCCUGUAACUGGUCAGCAAGCGUCUUGA